AUGAUCCCCGAGAUGGAAGCGAUAAGGAUCAGCUGGAAACUUCUUAUCGCAGAUGACAAAAAAGCGACGUCAACCAGUUGUGGCCUUGCAGGCCAGUUUUCGUUUAUAUUUUACCUCCUCCGCUACUAUCCUAGAACCUAUAGUCUCAUUAUAGUCCUCCCAUCUACCUAUCUACCUAUAGCCUUCGCCAUGUCGUUCUCAACUCCAGACCAGCAUUCUUAUACCCAGAUGGCCGAUCGUGAUCUUGAAGACAUCGGCAAACACUGCGAGUUCGAAUUCUGUCGACAGCUAGAUUUCCUGCCUUUCAGAUGUGAAUCGUGUAAGGGAACUUUUUGUCUUGACCACCGAACGGAAACGACUCACAAAUGCCCGAAGGCUGGAGAAUGGGCUCGUCGACGGACAGGGCAAGGCAUCAGUGAAUCUACAACUCUCUCCCCGAAACCUACGGUUUAUAACUCUACACAGUGCUCUCAUCCAUCAUGCAAGGCGCUCAUAUAUACGAUGGCGAACGCUGGCGUACACUGCCAAAACUGCAACAGGGAAUACUGUCUUUCCCACCGGAUGCGAGAGGACCAUGACUGCAGCAAUCUCACGCCACUAGGUGCCAGCCCGGCCGCAGUGGCCUUCACAUCAUCUGCGGAUAAGGCACGACAGGCAUUCUCUCGCCUACGAAGCUGGGGCAAAGCCAAAGCUUCGACUACUACCGCUCCUCCGUCCUCCAAAUCCAAAGCAAAACCCUCGGCGGCGUCGAGAAUGGCGCAGCUAAAUGCCCUAAAGAAGAACUCCAAGGGUGAUCCGAACCUAGACACAUCCAAGCGAUUUUACCUUCAUGUUGAAGCAUCUGCCGAUACGACUACGGCGAAAUAUCCUACCGGAGAUUUCUACUUCGAUGCAGGAUGGAGUGUCGGCAAGAUACUUGAUGAUGCAGCACGGAGGUUACAAGUACAAAACGUCAAUAACCGCUCUGCUGGAGAAGAAAAUCGAUUAAGGAUAUUCCAUGUCGAGGGAGGCAAGCUGCUAGAUUUCUCUAACAAGAUCGGUAGCUGCUCCGUGGCCCAGGGUGAUACUAUUGUUCUUCUCAGGGGAGUCGGCCCGCCAGUCCCAGACUUGAUUGAGAUGUAG